GUCUGUUUGUAAAAACAGUAAUUUUUUUCUCGUAGCAAAGCUAUUGUAAAAUCGACUUUUUUCCAAACGUUGUAAGUAGCUUAUAGAUAUUUUUGUCGUAUAAUAUGCUAUUACGUCAACUUAGUUAAGCAUAAAUUCAAGUGUUUUUUUCUCUACAAGAAUUUCCAAGGCGGCUUGAAGCAGUUUCCAUUGAUUAUGGAUAAAGUAAUGGAAGAUCAUAUAAAAUAUGAAGCUGAAGAGUCAGAACGAUUAGCGCAACAAAUGCUUGCAAGUGAUCAUGUCUGGGAGGAAGUGGUCAUUGAUGAUUCUAAUGAACCAGGAUGGGAAGAAGAAGUUGAAGCUCAGACAAUAGAGGAGGAGGUGACAGCAGAAGAUACUGUUAUGCAGGAAGAACCAAAUGUGUCAAUGGCAGCGCAGGAAGUGGAUAAUUCACAGACAGAGACUGUUGAACAUAACACUGUCACCGUCCCCGAGGAGAUGGUUGAAACUGAGGUGGACGCGGCCGUAGAGUCCAUUGAGGAGGUGCAGUCAUCUCCAGUCAUCACUAGGGUCAAGAGCCUAGCAACCAAACCGAUACAGAAGUUUGUCAAUUUUAACAACAUCAAGCUGAUGCCGAAAGGGAGCUUUGUAAACAUUGGCAACAAGAAAAUGCAGCUCGUCACGUUGACAAAAGACAACAAGUUCAUCCCUGGGAAGAUUGUCAGUAUGAGUCCUGAAAAGAAGCUGGUUCCCGGGAAGGUGGUUAUCGGGAAUACUGAAAAGAGGUUUCUCCCAGGCAAAGUGGUGAGGUUGAGUGGUGGGGAGAACAGGAUACUGACGACCACUGGGAAGCUGGUGCCGAUCGGAGACCGCAAGAUGAUGCAGACCAAGGUCGUAAAGAUUCCGAGCAGCAACUUGGGGAACGCAAACGUGGUCAACAACAGAGUCGUCCCGGCAAAGGUGGUCACCAUCGCCAAUGAGGUGAAGCAGGAAACCUCUAACAAGGAGGUGACUAUCUACAUCACAGGUCUGGCCGGGGACAAGGUGCAGAUACGAGACAAGCUGCAGCUCAACAAACUACAGAUUGGCGACAGGGUACAGUUGGGUCAGCGGGAGAUGGACCCGGAGACAGAGGGCUGGAGGUCAGAUCACAUUGACGCUUGUCUCCCCACGGAUGGCUCCGAGAUACAUAUUGUCAAUCCCAACGAUGCAUCAGAGGGACACUUUCUGCUAGAGACAGAGGCUCCGCAGCCCUACGACUUGGCCAAUCUGACCUGCAAUAUCUGCGACAGACAGUUCACACAACUCAAGUACUUGCUGAGUCACCAGCAGACACACAUGAUGUCUGAACCUGUCAACUGUGAACUCUGCGGCAAGACCUUCAAGAGGAGAUAUGACUUGUUACGUCACAAGCGCAGGUCACACCCCGAGGUAGACACAAUGUACCAGUGUGACGUGUGCCAGAAGACAUUUACUGAUCGUUUGGUGGCCAACAGGCAUCGGCUCAUGCACUCGGAAGAUUUCAAAUACUGCUGCGAGGUGUGCAACCGUCCGUUUAAGAUGGUUCAUGACCUCAAGCGCCACCGCAGCAUUCACUAUGAUGAGAAGCCGUUUGAGUGUGAGAUCUGCUACAAGAAAUUCAAACACAAGAGCAACUUGAAGACCCACCAGGCCACUCACUACUCAGAGAAACCCUACUCCUGCACACUUUGCGACAAGAGGUUCCACCAGAAGGGCAACCUCAAGACACACCUGAUUGUACACACGGGAGAGAUGCCAUUUGUGUGCAACAUCUGCAACAAGCGGUUCCACACACGGAGUGGAUUGUUGAACCACUCGUACAGCCACUCGGACGACAAGCCUUUCCAGUGCGACAUCUGUGAGAAGACGUUCAACUGGAAGUCAGGUCUACUGACACAUCAGCAGACACACAGACAGCGAGUGGUGCCUGAGGAGGUACAGGUCAUAGAGAUAGGACCCAUACAUGGCGAGAUGUAGAGGCACAAGUUAUGUGCUGAACUGGCACAAGAAAAUUUAAACUUACAAUCUGAGGUUUUAGGGAUUGUUUUGAAAAGGGAUAUAGUUUAGCUAGUUACCUGAGAAAAAUUACUCUAUGAAGAAGUCUUACUAGAAUGAAAUAUCAGUGUUAUGUUAUGUGUGAUCUUUGUAUCUGUUAACCCCUGGAUUCAGGUAACCAGAUAUUUUUUUCAGGUAAGCUAGCUGAAUUCUUCAGACUUAUUUAAUAACCAGCAACUUAAGCAUUACUUUGCAAUACAAUUUCAGUGUUUCUUGUGCCAGUAUGGACUGGUUCACUUAAGUUCUUGCAUGUGUAAAACUGGUUCUUAGCAUUACUUAGUAAGUAUGUAGCCGAAUGCAAGCUUGCAGAAUCCACCAAGGAUUGGAGAAGGGUGCUAUUAUGUUUUUUGUACUAAUUUAUUUGCAUCUCCUGUCAGUGUGUAUUCCUGAGACUGAACUUCCAGUCAUACAUAACCCAUCACAAAAAUCUACAAUUUGAUAUCUUGUCAAAAAAUAUUAUUUUGAUUACUUGCUAACAAAUUUAUUCCAUUUGUAACUCUAAGAGCUUAGUGAUAUUGUAAAUAGAACAAAAUUAAAUGAAGACCAACCAAAAAUAGGUUGGAGUACUAGUGGUUGAAAGUUUUCAGGUCUGAGUUUUUGGACGAGAAUCUUUCUGUAUAUACUUACUUAUCCAUAGCCUAACAUAAUUUUAAUUUUUUUUUUAAUUUUCUAACCCAUUCAUUUUAAAUGUCUACUUAAUUUAUUUUCUAUAUAAAUAUAUUAUACUUAGGUCAGUAUUUUUUAUUACUGAACUGUUGUUGAAUUUUACUUUUUAAAAUGAGCUGUAUUUAGUUGUUUAGGGACAAUGUACAACAGGUCUUUUGUAACAAUUAGGUUUAGUCUUACCUUAAAGUGUACAUAAAGGCCAGGAUUGUUUAAGCUGACCUUUCAAUCUUAAAUAAGGCUACUUCAUAUUAGUAAUUUUUUUAAUAUUCUACAAAUACAACUACAAUAACAAACUGUAUUUUAGUUAUUUGUAAUUCUAUGGCAAGUUUUUCAGGUGUGAGUGAAUAUACAGGUUUAUUUUGCAGUAGUUUUUUUUUUUAAAUAUAUAUAUAUAUAUAUAUAUAUAUAUAUACAUUUAGCUGGGAUACAUUUUAAGUAUAUUAUUUAAUAUGAAAACCAACAUGCAUGGUUUAGUUGGCCCCAGCUGUGUCUACAGUAGUUUUGUAUAUUUUUAAUUUAUAAACUAGGAUUAUUCACUCAAAUAUUACAUAAAUUGUUAUGGUUUAUUUGUAAACUAAACUAUUUUUACACAAGAUGAUUUUAUCUCGAAAGUUAAAUGUUAUAGGAAGAUUUAGAAAGUGACUUUGGAUGUUUUGUACAAUUUGUUACCAACAUAUAAGUUUAAUUUGU